AUGGAUGUAUUCUUUGAGCUGCCAAGAGGGAGGCCAUUUUCCAUUGAAGUAGGCUUCUUUGACACUGUCCUAGAGAUUAAAGAGAAGGUGCAAAAGUAUCAGGGCAUUCCCAUCUCAAAGCAAACUCUGAUCCUCAAAGGUCAAGUUCUCCAAGAUGAUGGUGAUGUUUGGAAGUAUGAAAUCCUUCAAAACUCACGCAUUCAGCUAGUUGUCACUCCAGACUCAGACAAGCCGGCACUCAUGGUCAAGAAUGAGGAGUUUUCUUCAUCACCCCCCACCAAAAUUCAUGAUCAUGAGUCAGAUAACUCUACAACUUCAGCAGCAACUGUUGCUAACACUGGUCCAGGAGGGUCAAAGAAGUUGAAGGUUUGGGCCAAAAGUGGGACAAAGAAGAUACCUGUAGAAGUGAAUGCUUCUGAUAAUGUGGCGGAGUUAAGGAAGGAGCUGAAUAAGUUACAGCAGAGGCUUCAGUUUCAUCUUCCACAAGAAGGUUACUUUUUUAUUUAUGAACAAAAUGUUAUGAAUGAUGAUAGGUCUUUUCGCUGGCACCAUGUUAAGCAGGGCGACACCAUUGAAAUCUUCAACGGAAGUGUUACUGGUGGAUCAUAA